ACCAAGCAACAAGACGCUGUUCUUAAGGUUAACCCGUUAGUUUAGCGGUUUGUUAUUAUCCCUCAGUAAAACGCGCCUGUGAACUGCAUCUGUUUGACGAUACUAUGGUGAUCCGUGCCGGUGGCUGGGGAUAAAGCUACAUUCUGCACCUGUUCAGCUUUCAGCAGUGAUGCUGUGUUAUUUUCCUCUCUGCGCUGUUUCUCUCUACGCGGUAGCUAACUAACGUUAGCCGCGUGCACUGCCGUUAAUCCAGCGAGUAAAAGUAGCUGGUAUGGCUGAGGUGUGGUGCACUGACACCGGGGAAGCCGUCUACCGCUCCCGCGACGCGGUGAAAAACUUUAGGAUAAGAGUCAGAAUCCAGCGAGUGACCUCAACAGCAGCCCUCUCACACCAUCUGCAGCAGCAAGUGUUGAGCCAGCAGGAGCGAGGCGUCAUCGAGCUCAACACCUUUGUCUCUCAGUCGCGGUCAAGUGCAACUGGCAAUGAAGAAGAGCUGGUGGUGGGCUGGCAGGAGAAGUUCUUCAGUCAGUAUGAAGUGGACCUGUACCAGACAGAGUCUGUGUGCCAGACUCCCCUGGAGAAACAGUAUCAUUCAGAAAUCGUGGCAAUGGAAAAAUCUAAAAAAAGAAGGAAUCAGCGUAUUUUCACUUACACAGACUUUGAUCGCUUCACCAACUGGGAGGAGCAGGCCCAGAGUCUGAUGACUCCAGCUCAGACCAGGCCCACCUUACUAGCAGACCGCAUGGCAAACAUAAGACACAGACGCCAAGAGAGACGCCCAGUAGACACCAAUGUUCCCAAGACGCGUUUAGUAGUAUGGGAGCCGUCCAAAGAAUUUAUGAAGAACAGCCACAUUGUCAACACACCAAUGCAGACCAUGCACAUCAUGGCAGACCUGGGUCCAGUUGGAAAACUGGGGUUGAAGGAGAAUGAAUAUGUCUUGUGCACCGUAAGGGCAGACAGCAAUGGAGUAAUUACAGUGAAACCUGAUUUUAACAACAACAGAGGACCCUAUAGGCUGGAGACGGAGGGAGAAAAGAGAGAGGUGUGGCGUCUUUAUCUGGAGAAUAUGUCCGCUCCCAUUCCUGUAGAGGAGAAACAGCGAGAGCAGCGCAUGUACAAAGAUCUCUACAGUCGUCAUAAAGAUUACCUCAACAGCCUAGUUGGGCAGGACUUUGAAAUGCCACCCCCGGGAAUUCUCCGCCUGCUGGUUAAUGGAGAGAUAGUUUCUGCUCAGGGCUAUGAGUACGACAACCUGUAUGUUCACUUCUUUCUAGAGCUGCCCAACAGCUGGUCCAGUGUGCCGUUCCAAAGCCUUUCUGGUGUGACCCAGACAUGCCGGACGCGUACGUUAGGGAAGGAGAAUGUGGCUUUUUUCUCCUACCCCUUCAGCUUUGAGUCCUUUUUCAGGAAAGAGGAUGAGUCAGAGGACUCACUACCGCAGUGGCCAGUGCUAUACUUCAAGGUUCUGUCCCUGGAUUUCUGGCAGCGCCAUAGAACUGAGGGCUAUGGUUACCUAGUCGUACCCUCAACACCUGGGUACCAUAGAAUGACAUGCCACACAUGGAGGCCCUUACAGACAGGCACGGUGGCAGAACUGAGACGCUUCUUUAUCGGUGGAGCUCCUGAACUGGAGGACAUCAGUGAUGUGAGGAUACCGGGAACAUUCAAGGGUGACCGACUGAGCCGGUUUGGCUUUCGAACACAGACAACAGGAAGUGUCACUUUUAACCUCAACUGCAUCCAGCAUGCCCGGGCGUUUGUGGACGCCAGCACUCUGAAGAAGAGGCGGCAGACUGUUUUAGACCAGCUAGGUGGCCACAGUCAGCAGGGAUCUGUCUAUAAUGUGCUAGAGGCAUUUCAGAGGGCUCGUAAGCGAAUGCAGGAGGCCAGAGAGAGUCUACCCAGAGAUCUAAUUAACACCACUGUCCCACUCACCUCAGAGUCCUCAGCAUAGGAUCAGGUUUAUGCAGGUCACUAAGAUGUGCAGUACUUUAUCUGUGUAUAUAUGUAGUUUGUGUAAAAGUAAGAACAUUUUUUUAUCUAGAUUUGAUACUGUAUGUAUUAUAUAAUUUUUUUUCUA